AUGUUAUAUGCAACUUACCCCAGGCAACUGCAGCCGCCGCCCCGCAAAGGCGAGAAGAAGGCGUACUCGGGCGUGAUGGAAGGCCUUGCGAAGAUCUGGAAAGAAGAAGGCAUCGCGGGGUUCAUGCGUGGAAACGGCAUUAAUUGCUUGCGCAUUGCGCCGUACAGCGCCGUGCAGUUUACCGCGUACGAGUCUAUGAAACACUGGCUUGCGCGGCCUGUUUUUGAGACAGCCAUCGACGCGCGCGGCGUCGCUACCGACCACUUCGCGUACGAGCUCGGCGCGAUACCGCGGCUUGUCGCGGGCGCUGUAGCUGGGAUUGCCAGUGUGGUCUCGACGUAUCCUCUGGACCUUGUGCGCUCGCGCAUCAGUAUUGCGUCGGCCUCCAUGUACGGCGAGAAGGGCGCGACGCCGCACAGGAUUCCUGGGAUAUGGGAAAUGACAUGCAAGGUAUACCGCGAAGAAGGGCGGCUUCGUGGACUCUAUCGCGGCUGUAUCCCGACUAGCAUGGGCGUGGCGCCUUAUGUUGCAUUCAACUUCUUUUUUUACGAGCAGGCGCGUGGUUUUUUCUCCAGCGAGGAUGGGACGCCGCCGUCGGCGCCGAUGAAGUUAGUGUGCGGCGCAUGGGCAGGCGCGAUAAGCCAGACUCUUACAUACCCGCUGGAUGUGAUCCGGCGAAGGAUGCAGGUGGCAGGGAUGCCAGACUCCCAGCUGGGGUACAAGGAUAAGAGUGGCAUCGAUGCUAUUCGGAAUAUUGUCCGGCGCAGUGGGAUCAAGGGCCUCUACUUUGGGCUCGGGCCGAACCUGCUCAAAGUCGCGCCGUCCAUGGGCACAUCGUUUUUGACGUUUGAGAUGGUCCGCAGUUUGCUUUCGCACCUCGACGCUAAUGUAUAG